UACAGGGUUCGACUUGAAUACAACCGGCUGACAGGUUUUGCGGAUCAGGAUUUUGGAGUCUAUCCCAACCUCACUUACAUGGACUUCAGCUAUAACAAGGUGGAAGGUGGUAUUUCUGCAAAUUGGGGUGCCUGCAAAAGCUUGCAAUUUCUCAACAUGGCUGGAAAUAGAGUAAGCGGUUACAUUCCAAGUGAUAUUUUUCAGUUGGACCAACUACAAGAGCUCGACCUAUCCUCCAACCAAUUGUUAGCACAGAUUCCACCACAGAUAGGAAAUUCCUCCAACUUGUACAACUUAAAUUUAAGUCACAACAAUCUCUCUGGUGUGUUACCAGCAGAAAUUGGAAAACUUUCCAGUUUACGGUCCUUAGAUCUGUCCAUGAACGUGCUGUUGGGAUCAAUCCCAGAGCAGAUAGUGGACCUCUCCUUCUUGCAAAAUUUAAAUCUAAGCAACAACAAAUUCAAUGGCACAAUCCCCUACCAAAUUGGAAACCUUGCAGAUUUACAAUAUUUUUUGGAUUUGAGUUACAAUUCUCUUUCAGGAGAUAUUCCCAGUGAUCUUGGCAGGCUUUCAAAUUUGAUAAGCCUGAAUAUCUCUCACAACAAUAUUUCAGGUUCCAUCCCUCACUCCCUUAGCGAAGUGCUGAGUUUGUCAGAAAUCAACCUCUCCAACAAUAAUUUGGAGGGUCAAGUUCCCGAAGGUGGCAUAUUCAACUCUUCUUAUUCCCUGGAUUUGAGCAACAACAAAGGUCUAUGUGGGCAUAUUCGGGGCUUGCCUCCUUGUAAUGUCUCUGUCUCCAAACCUGACGGUGCAUCAAGUAAAAGAAACAAGGCUGUGAUCCCCAUUGCAGCUUCACUUGGAGGUGCUCUUCUGAUUUCUCUGGUGUUAGUUGGGAUUUUCUUCUUUGGCUACAAGAGAAAAUCAAGAGCUCCAAGGCAAAGAAAUUCGUUCAGUAGACUGAAUCCAUUUUCAAUCUGGUACUUCAAUGGGAGAGUUGUGUAUAGAGACAUAAUUGAAGCUACCGAGAACUUUGAUAGCCAAUAUUGCAUUGGGGAAGGAGCACUGGGAAAAGUUUAUAAAGCGGAGAUGUCAGGAGGUGAAGUAUUUGCUGUAAAAAAGUUGAAGUGUGAUUCAGACAACUUAGACUCUGAGAGAAUAAAAUCCUUUGAGAAUGAGGUAAAAGCCAUGACAGAAACACGCCACAGAAACAUCGUGAAGCUUUAUGGAUUUUGCUCUCAAGGGGUGCACACCUUCCUGAUUUAUGAGUACAUGGACAGUGGAAACUUAUCUGACAUGCUUAGAGAUGACAAGGGAGCAAUGAAACUGAAUUGGCACAAAAGGGUUGAAAUUAUCAGAAGUGUAGCAAGCGCUUUGUCCUACAUGCACCAUGAUUGCGCUUCACCUUUAAUUCACAGAGACAUAUCCAGCAAGAACGUUUUGCUGUCCCUCAAUCUUUCAGCUCAUGUCUCAGAUUUUGGAACUGCCAGGUUUCUGAAACCGGAUUCUCCCAUUUGGACAUCAUUUGCUGGAACAUAUGGUUAUGCUGCUCCAGAGCUAGCUUACACAAUGGCAGUGAGUGAGAAAUGUGAUGUGUUCAGCUUUGGCGUUUUGGCUUUGGAGAUUCUUACGGGAAAGCACCCAGGUGAUAUUGUUUCCUACAUGCAAAGUUGUAGUGAGCAGAAAGUAAACAUGAAAGAGAUUUUAGACCCUCGUCUCUCGCCUCCUUCCAAGAAGCAUUUGAAGCAAGUGGAUUUGAUUGCUAACAUAGCUCUUUCAUGUUUAAAGACAAACCCUCAAUCUAGACCAACUAUGCGAAGCAUAGAUCAGCUGCUUGAAAUGGAGACUGCAAACAUAUAAUAAGUUUUUUUCUUGUUUCUAUGGAGAUUUAAGAUACAACACUUGUUAUAAAUUAGAGUGGUUUUAUAUCUGAGUUGUGCUUUGAAUAAUUCGUGGCUUAUAUAAGGUAAAGUUUUAGCUUGUUUAACGAAUUUGAGAAGAUGCAUAGAGAGUGUGUGGAUUAUUAAACUAUAGUUUGGUUUGUGAGAUACAAGUAGACGUAGAUUGUUCAUUAUCUGCAAAUGGGCAAAUUGAUCUCAAAAGUCAAAUAAUUUUGAAGUACUUCAAACUUCUCAUCUCAAUGUUGCUU